AUGGGCUUCGAGCUGGACCGCUUCGACGGCGACGUGGACCCGGACCUCAAGUGCACGCUGUGCGGGAAGGUCCUGGAGGACCCGCUGACCACGCCGUGCGGCCACGUCUUCUGCGCGGGCUGCGUGCUGCCCUGGGUGGUGCAGGAGGGCAGCUGCCCCGCGCGCUGCCGCGGCCGCCUGUCGGCCAAGGAGCUCAACCACGUCCUGCCGCUCAAGCGCCUCAUCCUCAAGCUGGACAUCAAGUGCGCGCACGCGGCGCGGGGCUGCGGCCGGGUGGUGCAGCUGCAGGCGCUGCCCGCGCACCUGGAGCGCUGCGACUUCGCGCCCGCGCGCUGCCGCCACGCGGGCUGCGGCCAGGUGCUGCCGCGCGGGGACCUGGAGGCGCACAUGCGGGACGCGUGCGACGCCAGGCCCGUGGGCCGCUGCCAGGAGGGCUGCGGGCUGCCGCUGACCCGCGGGGAGCUGCGCGCCGGCGGCCACUGCUGCGCGCGGGCCCUGCGGGCGCACAACGGCGCGCUGCAGGCCCGGCUGGCCGCGCUGCACAAGGCGCUCAAGAAGGAGGCGCUGCGCGCGGGCAAGCGGGAGAAGGCGCUGGCGGCGCAGCUGGCCGCGGCGCAGCUGGAGCUGCAGAUGACCGCCCUGCGCUACCAGAAGAAGUUCACCGAGUACAGCGCGCGCCUCGACUCGCUCAGCCGCUGCGUGGCCGCGCCGGCUGGCGGCAAGGGCGAAGAGACCAAAAGCCUGACCCUGGUCCUGCACCGUGACGGGGGCUCCCUCGGCUUCAACAUCAUCGGGGGCCGGCCGUGUGCGGACCACCAGGACGGCUCAUCCAGCGAAGGCAUCUUCGUGUCCAGGAUCGUGGACAGUGGGCCGGCGGCCAAGGACGGGGGCCUGCAGAUCCACGACCGCAUCGUGGAGGUCAACGGCAAAGACCUGUCCCGGGCGACCCAUGACCAGGCGGUGGAGGCGUUCCGGACGGCCAAGGAGCCCAUCGUGGUGCAGGUGCUGCGGCGGACGCCGCGGGCCAGGACCUUCCCGGCGCCGUCCGAGGCGCAGCUGGUGGACGCGGGCACCCAGACGGACAUCACCUUCGAGCACAUCAUGGCCCUCGCCAAGCUGUCGCCCCCCAGCCCGCCCGCGCUGGGGCCCUACCUCCUGCCUGAGGAGCACCCCUCGGCCCACGAGUAUUACGACCCCAGCGACUACCUGGGCGGCGCCCACCAGGACCUGGACAGGGAGGAGCUGGAACUGGAGGAGGUGGACCUGUACCGCGCCAACAGCCAGGACAAGCUGGGCCUCACCGUGUGUUACCGCACGGAUGACGAGGACGACCUCGGCAUCUACAUAAGCGAGAUUGACCCCAACAGCAUCGCGGCCCAGGACGGCCGCAUCCAGGAAGGCGACCGCAUCAUCCAGAUUAACGGGAUAGAGGUACGCAACCGCGAGGAGGCCGUGGCCCUGCUAACCAGCGAGGAGAACAAGAACUUCUCCCUGCUCAUCGCAAGGCCCGAGCUCCAGCUGGACGAGGGCUGGAUGGACGACGACAGGAACGACUUUCUGGACGACCUGCACAUGGACAUGCUGGAGGAGCAGCACCACCAGGCCAUGCAGUUCACGGCCAGCGCGCUGCAGCAGAAGAAGCACGAGGAAGAUGGGGGCACCACGGACACCGCCACCAUCCUGUCCACCCAGCACGAGAAGGACAGCGGCGUGGGCCGCACGGACGAGAGUACGCGCAACGACGAGAGCUCGGAGCCGGAGAACAACGGCGACGAGGCGCCCGCGCCGGCCGCCCUGGCCGCGCCGAGGACCCGCGCGGGCAGCCAGGACACGCUGGGCAGCGGCGACCUGCCCUUCAGCGGCGAGUCCUUGCUCUGGGCCGACUGCGCCGACGACGACGCGGAGUGCGAGAGCUUCCGACAGCUGCUGGAGCUCAAGUGCCCGGCGGGGCGCACGGACCCCGGGGAGCCCAUGGGGCUGCUGGACGCCGAGCUGCUGGAGCUCCGGUGCCCGGCGGGGCGGGGCGCGGGCAGGGGCGCCCCCGAGAGUGUGGACCGGGAGCUGGAGCUGCUCAACGCCGAGCUGCGCAGCAUCGAGCUCGAGUGCCUGAGCGUCGUGCGCGCCCACCGGGCCCGGCAGCUGCGCGAGGCCUGGACGCUGCCGCCCCCCGGGGGCUUCCGCGGCGGCGGCGACGCCACGGAGGCCGAGGGCGGGCGCCGCCGCCACGAGCUCUCCGACAUCACCGAGCUCCCUGAGAAGUCGGACAAGGACAGCUCGAGCGCCUACAACACCGGGGAGAGCUGCCGGAGCACCCCGCUCGCCCUGGACACGUCCCCCGACAGCUCCCUGCGGAGAGGGGGGCCCGAGGCGGCGACCCCAGGGGCCUGCGGGCCAUCGCCGGAGAGCCCGCUCUGCAUCACGGAGGAGGCAGACCUGCCCAGGGCCCCGCCGAGCCCGGAGCCCCGCCGCCGCAGCCCAGGGGAGGAUGGCCCCGGCCCCAGCCCCAGCCCCGCACCCCUGGCGCCCGCGCCCCACAAGCUGGCCCACAUCCCGGCGCACGCGCGGCGCUACCGCAGCUACAUGCAGCUGGUGCAGCAGAAGUCGGCGGUGGAGUACGCGCACAGCCAGGUGAGCCUGCUGGGGGUGUGCAAGGACCUGGGCCCCCCGCCCGAGCCCCGCGCCACCGAGUGGAAGGUGAAGGUGCGCAGCGACGGCUCCCGCUACAUCACCAAGAGGCCCGUGCGCGACCGGCUGCUGCGGGAGCGCGCGCUGCGCAUCCGCGAGGAGCGCAGCGGGGUCACCACGGACGACGACGCGGCCAGCGACCUGAAGCUGGGCCGCUACUGGAGCCGCGAGGAGCGCAAGCAGCACGUGGCGCGCGCCCGGGAGCAGCGGCGGCGGCGCGCGCUCCUGCUGCAGAGCCGGCUGGACGGGCCCGCCCGCGGGGAGCAGCCAGCUGCAGCCACAGAGGAGGACAGGAGGGGGGUGAGCAUCCUGGAGCUGAGCCACAAGAAGAUGAUGAAGAGGAGGAACAAGAAGAUCCUGGACAACUGGAUGACCAUCCAGGAGCUCCUGACCCAUGGCACCAAGUCCCCGGACGGCACCAGGGUGUACAAUUCCUUCCUCUCCGUGACGACUGUCUAA